AUGUCGGAAAAUUCUUCAUCCGUGCUUACUCCAGAGCAAGUAGCAAAGUUCUACAAGGAUGGAUAUCUUAUACUACCAGGGUUCAUCCCCAAAGACGAGACCGCCGCACUUUUAUCGCGUGCCAAACAAUUGAUCGCUGAAUUCUCGCUUGAGGGUCAUCCUAUGACCCGCUUUACCACCGGGGAAGAGGACGACCCAACCCAGUCCAAGAAGCAUGUUGGAGACGAAUACUUCCUUGCGAGUGGCGACAAGAUCCGAUUCUUUCUCGAGGAUGAUGCUUUUGAUGCGCAAGGCAAUCUCGUGAAACCAAAGGAGAAGAGUGUCAACAAGAUCGGGCACGGGCUACACGAGCUUGAUGCUGUGUUCCAUAAAUUUACCAUGGAGAAUGAGAAAUUGAGGCAACUCGCUCGCGAUUUAGCAUUCCAUCAAGAUCCGGAGGUCUUACAAAGUAUGGUAAUCUGUAAGCAACCAGAGAUUGGUGGAAAAGUGCCAGAACACAAUGACUCCACAUUCUUAUAUACCGACCCGCCGUCGGCGCUCGGAUUUUGGUUCGCUCUAGAGCCAUGUACCGAAUUUAACGGUGCCUUAUCGUUCCUCGCCGGGUCCCAUUGGUCAACUCCCAUCAAUAAGCGCUUCGUCCGUCUGCCUGAAGGUGGUACCGGCUUUACCAAUAUUGAAACUCCCAUUACACCCUUGGAUCUUCAGAACCAACCAUCCGAGCGAUCAACUAAUACCAGUACCGCUGAAGGAGAUUACGUCCUCGAGACAUGUGACGCAGGAACUUUGGUUCUGAUUCAUGGUUCUGUUUUACAUAAAUCUGAGAGAAACACCUCUCAGAAUACUCGUUUUGCUUAUACUUUCCAUAUGAUCGAAAGCGCCCCCAAGGCACGCUAUGAUGAGCGUAAUUGGUUGCAGCCAACCGAGACCAUGCCAUUCUCGAAGUUGUAUGGCACUCAGGCGGUCCAUUAA